AUCUGAAAGGCGUGAUGGGAUUUAUUUACGUUUGAGCACAGGUGAAAUUGUUGAUAAUUUUCAAGUAUUGUGAAGGAUUUUAAUUACUUUUAUGUUGGAUUCAGUUACUUUGUGAUGCCAAAAUGGCUCUUUGUAAACCUAAGAGUGGAUUAAAGCGAAAACCUUUCAUGAAAAGAAGAGAAGAGAACUUGAUUCGGACUUUAAAUUUUCAAGAUUCUGAUGACGGAAGCGGCCAUGAUGAAGAUUCAAUUUCAGGGUCAAGCCCCUUGUGGUCACCUGAGCGUAAACAUUUGUCAAACAGACACGAUGAGUCUCCAGAAUUUCUGGAACUUGAUAUUCCAGAAUGUGCAAUGAUUUCAAGUCCUAAAUCGACGAGGAGAUUUACGAGGCGGAGGCGAUUUUCGCCCUCACAUUUUGGUUUGGAGGAGGUUGAGGAAGAGGCACAGCAGGUUCCUGGAUCUGAAGUUUUGAGCCCCUGUGAUGGAGAUAUGUCACCACCACAUAGAAAAUUACGUGCUUUAAGACUUUUUGAUACUCCCCAUACACCAAAAUCUUUGUUAGAAAAGGCGAGACGUCGAAGACCCACUGGUGACAAACCUAGAAUCGCUGUUGACAGACCGCAAGCAAAUGUUAACCCAUUCACCCCAAGUCCACAGACAGAUCAGAAUGAUUCAGGUUACUGUGGCAGUGGCAAGAGGAGUCGAUCAGAGUUGGAAAGGAGUAUCCUGGAUGAAUCCAUGGAAGAUGAGGUUGAUGGAGAUAUGCCAGCAGCUAAAAAAUUAGCGCUACAUGAGAUCAACACAUCUCGAUACAAUGAAGAAUUCCAUGAAGUGUGCAAACUAGGUGAUGGUGCUUUCGGAAGUGUAUAUAAAUGUGUACAUAGGUUAGAUGGCUGUACCUAUGCUAUAAAGAAGUCAAAAACUCCUGUAGCAGGAAGUGUUUAUGAACGUAAUGCCCUGAAUGAAGUAUACGCCCACGCUGUGCUAGGAAAACAUCCCCAUGUGGUUCGAUACUAUUCUGCCUGGGCAGAGGAAGAUCAUAUGUAUAUACAGAAUGAAUAUUGUAAUGGUGGAAGUUUAGCAGAUUAUGUUGAGGAACACAGACGGACAGGUGGACAGUUCACGGAACCAGAACUUGUACAGAUUUUAUAUCAAGUGGCACAAGGUCUUCGAUACAUACAUUCACAAAAUCUUGUACACUUGGAUAUUAAACCUGGUAACAUAUUCAUUCAUCGGAACCCGAAAUUGUUACAGUCACCUGAGAGUGGUCUCGAGUCCUGUGAAGAAGAGGAGGAGUUUGAGGAAGCUGUAAUAUACAAAAUUGGUGACCUUGGCCUUGUGACAUCUGUAUCAAACCCAAGUGUUGAAGAUGGUGAUUGUCGAUACCUAGCAAGUGAAAUCCUUGCGGAGAAUUAUGAUCAUCUAACCAAAGCCGACAUUUUCUCCCUGGGACUAACUAUAUUUGAACUGGGUGGGGGCAGUGAGUUGCCGAAGAACGGAGAUGAGUGGCAUGCAAUCAGACGAGGGGAGCUGCCGGACUUGCCUCACUACUCGCAGCAGCUAAAUGACCUACUUAAGUGUAUGGUUAAUGCAGACCCCAGAGAGCGUCCCACAGCCUUAGCUGUUUCCCAGCACCAAGCACUGUCCCUUCAGGGGAAGAAAUCACGAGCUCAGUUGAAGAAGGAGUUAAAUGAAGAGCGUUUCAAGAAUCAGUUGUUAUCACAGAAACUGGUGGAAGCAACUAAAUGUUUAACACAGAAUGUGCCAAAUUCCAAGUUUGUGUUGCCAAGACUGACAAUUGGCAACCCAAGGUUGCUUGGCAACAAGAUGAAGAGAAGUAUGAGCUUGUCGGCAUUCUGACAACAUCCGCAACAUGUGAUAGUCGCAACAGUAUUUUUAGAACUUGACAGUGAUUUAUUUGAAAAUGAGAAUGAAAAAUUUAUUAAUAUAGGGCAUUUGUUGUUUGAAAUCAAAUCUGGGCAUUUAAUUUCUUUAUGAAAGUUUAAAUUUUUUUGAAACAAAAAACAAAUCAUGCUGUUGAAGAAUUCAGUAAAACCAUGUAAUUAUUGGUCUAUUGUGAAAAUUUUCCAUGUUGUCUACCUGUGUUCCAAAAUUAAUCUAAAUCUGGCGGUUGGAUUUGUUUUGAAACAAGUUUGGUGUGCAUCAUGGAAUGAACAAAAAAAUAGCAAAAACAGAUAGUAUAUGUUGCUAGAAAAAAGUUGUGAUAAUAGGUGGUUAGAUGUGGUGAUAUCUGUGAUCUUGUGCUGCAUUAGAAAUUUCUUACAUUGUAAAUAGACAAAAUAUAUUCUGUAUAUAUCAGUCCCAUAUUUUUCAGUGUUUUAAGUCAGUAACGGGAUGUGAUUUUCAGUUUUGUAAGUUUUUUAUUUCUACAAUAGAUUUUUUUAAAUUCUUAAAAAAUUUAAGCUUUGACUGUUUGAAUUUUACAAUUUUAAGACUCCACUGGGUCCUCAUGUUUCCUGUUGUUUUUUUAUCGGCAGUUAGUUUUUUUCUGAAAGUACAUUGCACUUUUUCAGUCAAAAUUAAACAUUUGCAGAGGCACUUGUUGAGAAUGUUUGAAACUUUCCAAUCCUAAUCAGCAAAUCUUAACCUAUUUGAAAAAUUAAAACAAAAAAUCCUCCUUUAAGAAUAUGCUUUCUUCAGGGCGCAGUUGCAAGUCUAAUACUGUGAAGCAAAUACAGGCUACAAAAUAAGAAACGUCUUAACUACUGGCUUAAAAUGUUGAUAAAAUUUAUUUAUGGGACUUUGGUGCUUACAAAAUGUGUUCACAAAAUUGUGUGCUAGCUUGUUUGAUACUGUAGUGAGGUUUGAAUUAAAAUAAUAGAUAUAGGAACAAAAUCUGCAUUGGUGAAGGGCUUCACGGCUUGAAAUUGGUGAUUUCUUCUGCCUAUAUGCAACUGAAUUCAAAUGUUGACGUAAUGGAAUUGUUAUAGAAUUUUAAAUGUUAUUUUUGAAUUUAAAAUUUUGUUACAUUUUAAAAUUGUAAUUAUUUUAAAUUUUUUGAGAGAUUUUUCUUUUCAUAAGUUUUGAUGUUGUAACAGUAGUUUUUAUCAGAAAGAUUGAGAGAUAUUUUGUUUGAGAGCUGGUCUUGUGUGCAUGUUUUAUCAAUACUAGUUAUUUCAUAUUUUAUAACAAUAAAAUAUCUUCGAAACAAGUUUCUUGUGAUAAAAUGGAAAGAAGUCUUGUCAGUUUUACUCUUAAGAUACUAGAUUUUAAGCUCAACUUCAUGAAGUAUGAGGAGCUAUCCUACUUGACACAGCCUUCAACACCUUGUUUAAAGUUUUGAUUUACUUCAUCUCAGUCUCUAAUACUACUAAAUGGAUUUGAUUCAAACUUGAAAUAAUUGUUACUCAUCGUCACCCACAUCACAUGAAACAUGGACUGACAACAGAAUAUCACGAGUUAUGCACCCUUUCUUCUUAAAUUUCUGGCUAAUUUUCAUGCACUUUCACAAUGUCUCUGUUAUUUCUGAAUGCUCCACAUCGUCAGUCACAUAGAACACAAGGUCCAAAACUCUUUUUGAUGCAUUUCAUGAAUUAUGCCUCCGUUUAGGUUAGAAUUUCAGUUUAAACUUGUGGUGCACCUUAACUUUAUCUAGGCUUUUAAAUGGAUUUGAAUUAAACUUGAAAUGAUGUUCCACAUCAUCACUGACAUCAUAUGACAUAAAGUAUAAUACUCUGGUGGAAAUAAUUCAUGAAUUAUGUCCCUUUUGUACUUUGGAACUUUUAUUAUUAUAUUGAUAAAUUUUACUUUCUCUUGUUAUUACUCUGAUUAAAGAGAUUUGAAUCAAACUGUUGUCCAACGUCACUAUCCAAACAUGUGGCAUUAAUUACACAAGUGAUAGCUUGUUUCUUCAGAUACUUGUAUGCCUUUUUUCAUGAUUCAGCAUCGAAAUGGUCUAGUGUGAUGUCUCCUCUUACAACUCUAGUUUGUUCAAUUUACGAUUUAACCAACACUUCCUCCAAACUCUAAAGUAAACAAAUGUUAGGGGCGAGGAGCAGUGACUCCUUAAAGAACCAGUAACAUAAUUAAUUAGCAGGUUAAGAGAGUUUGUUAAUAUAUUCGGUGUGUGUGUGUGAUAUUUAAUUGAAUAUGUAUUUAUCAUAUAUUAUUGUAAUAUGAAAGUUACACUUAUUUUUGUCCUACAGUAAUAAUUUUCUCCAUAACGUACAAUUUUAGAAAAGAAAUUCCAGUUGUAAAGAAAUGCUACUUUAUUUCUUCUCAAUUUUUCAUCAUUCUUAAUUCUGUAUAGGUAGUCUCGUAUUUUAGUAAUGUUUGAAAAUAGAGCUAGUUUUCAUAAUUUUUUGCAAAGAUCCGUGUUUCACUUAACAUUAGUAUGUUAUUUGAAAUAAUUUUGUAAAUAUUUUAUGAUGAAGUUUUUUUGCACAUUUUCAAGCAUUACUGUUUCAGCCCAUAACCAAAUAGUAAUUUUUGUUUGUAAUUUACAGAACCUGGUUGUUUUACAAAAUCAUGCAGACAUGUUUUACUUACGUUUUGAUUUUACUUACCAAAAGCUAUAAAAAUCAUGCCUUUAAAUUUAUCAGUAUAUUGUUAUUUGUACAACGUAAAUUAACAAAAAAAAUUGUGUGAAGUGCUUCCAGGCCAUUUUCAGGAAGUUGUACGAGUUUUCAUCCGGCCGCAAGGCUUCCAGUCUCCCAUGAUUGAAGAUAGUACAUAUAAAGUCAUUUAUCCUCCACCUUUAGCUCAUGUGGGGAAAUAGUGUGGAUACAUGUUUGGAAUAGGUCUCCCUGCCUUUAAUUCAUGUGGGGAAGUUGUCGGUGUACUUGCAGGGAACAGGUUAAUACUGGUAACAAGUAUAAGAACACUGGAAAGGUUAACUCACUUCAGUUUGUUAAUAAUUGUAAUAUUUUUCAAAAAACUGUGUUACAUAAAACAUGGUAUUUUUAUUAUGCUGAAGUGUAAACAAGGCAUGGAAUUUGAACAUUAAUACUUUGAAUAUAACUGGUCGUUCUAAAGUUGCUUAGUAUGGCAUUAUUUGUCAGAAAUGAACAGUGUGUCAUGUUGUUUUAUGUUAGUAUUAUAUGUAUUAUUGCUACCUACUAUUUGCCACAUGUUUGUGCAGUUUUUAGUAUUUGAUACUUCAAGUAUGACAUGUUAUCAGUGCUUUUAAUAAUUUUAUACGAGUGUACAGAUGGAGAUGUAUUAACAAAUUACAUGUGUAAUGUGAUAUUCCCAGUGUGCAUGGAAUUUAUGCCGUAUGUUGGAUAGAAAAUUAUGUAAAUAAAGGUAUUCUAAUAAAUAUAAUUGUUCGUAAAA